CGCCAGCGCCGAUCUUGAGUCGCGGAGAAGACGGGUGGCGCGAAAUAAACAAGAAAGGAGAGAGAUAUAAGCGACCGUAGACUUCGAAACUCGACCGUUCGUCUAUACCGGUUCAAGUUCACAGGUUGGAAAAGUGAGAAGAUUUAUUAUUCAUCCGCGAUUUUAAUCAGCGCGUAGCAGAGGCAGCACUACGCGUAGAUUACGGACGCAGCGUAGAUACUUUUGCAUGAAUAGAUCAUCGGGCGAGGUUGCGUUCCUAGAAGAGAAGCACAAGUUACGUCAAAACAAACAACCCUGAGGAGCUACUGAAUCUGAGCUGGAAGUAAAGUAACGAUUCCGUCAGACGCGGGGAGGGAAAGUCCGCCGUUGAAUCCGAGGCAAAUUUGUGUGCAUGCGUGCGUUGCGGGGUGUGUGAUGAUUCGCAGUGAAACGGAAGUGUGUGAGUGUCGCGAUAAGGAGUAUUUUUGUUGGCUGCGGGCGUGAUUUAGCCAAAGGCCCAACAACCCAAUCCCGCAUAAUCGGUUAAUCAAGUCUCGAAGUGUAAUUAGACCUCCAAACUGCCAGCGUCGUUCGUCGAAGGUUUGUUUUUCUGAUCAGUGAAAGUUCUGGUCUGCAUUGGUCUACAUUUGACUCGUGUUUAUCGAAACGAACUGCUCUGCCUCCGAACGGCGGCGAUGCUGCUGCUGCUGCUGCUACCUGGUUAAAACCGAACCAGGAAAAAGCGUCAGGACCGUCCUCGACAAACAGCGUCGUCCGCCUUGUUAUGAUCGACUAGCUGCUUUUUAUGGAUCGUCGUGCAUAUUUUGCCAAUAAUGGCGAUCGAAAUUCCAAGCGCAUAUGUUGUUGUCGCCACGAUCGUUCCGUCGAGGAGUUAAAUGAUACAUAAACCGAUCCAUUUUCUACGUGCGUAUUUUCGGCGAGAAGGUGCGUAAAGGAAAAAUAAGACAGUUGACUUAUUUGGAAUAUAUUUAUUUUCCUCUAUUCAAUCAGAGUCGUAGUUGGAGAAUAUUAUUUCAAUUCUCUUUUACUUCUUGAUUUUAUCAACCCACUUUUCUUUCGUCAUUCCGUAUAUCGUAAAACCUUAAACGACCGUUAAUAUUUUUCCAUCACUCAUUUGAAGGAUGAUCGCUUUGUUAUUAUUGUCGAAGAUACGUAGAAUGGUGACAAUAGCCAACACAGUCUUGUUUAUCUGAACCAUCAUUGCCGAUCACCGUUUGGAAAAAUAACUAUUCCUGCUGAAGAAAAAUCAAGAUACACUUAUUUACUUCGGUAGCAGACUGUACAAAUAACCAAAGAGAAGGACAAAACCACCUGAAUCUAGCAAGAAAAAAAUACUUCCAAGAAAUUUGUACCCGAGUGUGUUGAUUUAAGAUAAACAGACGAGACGUGAGUACGCUUUAAGGUCUAAUAUUUGCCACCUGAAAGUUGACGUGUCGUCUUCCACGAACCCAAGAAUUGUCGACUUGAAAAGAAACGGGAGCUUUUUCAUUUAACCUUGACAAAUAAAGAGCCAGGAAUUCUGAAUUGUGGCUUAUGGAAUCAAAAAACGACAGACUACCGGCUUCACCGAGGGUGAAAGCCUUGUAGAAAUUGAAAUGCCUAGUCUUAGAUCACUCGUCGUACGACGAGCUCCUCAGAUAGAGAUGGGAGCAGCGACAAGUUCCGUGACGUCGAUAACCCCGCUGAAAAAUGUACCCGAACAAAAGAAAGUUGACAAGUCCGAUAAGUUCUCUGGUAUCAGGCUCGCCCUCCUCGGCAAAGAGUCGAGUUCCCUGAGUCUGGCUCCUGUCGAAAAGCCGCUUCUUCCUGGCGGCGCAAACACACCUCUACUCAGACCUGAAAGCUGUGCAAGCCUUGAGGCCAAAGGUAGCUGGGUAAAUCUCGGCCCCGGAGUUUUACGUAAGUGCGAAACUACCGUAGGUCUCAGCACCCUUGCCCUUGAAGGCCGCCCUGUAAACCGCAGCAGAGUUUGCUCACGAUGCUCUAGCCUGCUUUCCCUUGCUUCGAGUUCACGGUAUAGCCUCGCUGCUGGCAACUUCGUUCCUGCUUCAUCGCAGUCUAUCGCCGCUGGAAAACUCCGUUGCAAGCUAUGUCUCACCGAUGUUCCGACAACAGAUAUGACUAGGAUCGAAAGCUGUGGCUGUGCGUACUGCAAAGAUUGCAUGCAGUCAUAUGCCGAAUUUGAGAUCAACGAAGGUGCCUACGAGAUAAGUUGUCCAGACGCACAAUGCGAACGUGGAGGAAUUCUCUCGCUGCUGGAGAUCAAAGAUCUAGUAACACCCGAGCUGUUGGAAAAGCAUCAUAGGUUUCGACUUAAUAGGGAUGUUUCCGUGGACAAGGGGCGAGCCUGGUGUCCAAGUCCAGGGUGCGAAACGGUGUGUUCUAUUGGUAACGAAGAUGGCGGUGCAGUUCUACUGGGUCCUGUUCACUGUCCCAGCUGUUCGACCGACUUUUGUUCGCUCUGUCGUGAGCCAUGGCACAAUGGGCCUUGUCCCGAGGUGCCGCCUGGAAUACCGAUAGACAACGAGCAUAUAAAAUGCUGCCCAAUGUGUUCCGUACCUAUCGAAAAAGACGAGGGCUGCGCCCAGAUGAUGUGUAAACGAUGCAAGCACGUAUUCUGUUGGUACUGCUUAGCCUCGUUGGAUGACGACUUCCUUUUGCGCCAUUACGACAAAGGGCCGUGUAAAAAUAAACUUGGUCAUUCACGGGCCUCUGUUAUUUGGCAUCGGACUCAAGUGAUUGGAAUAUUUGCAGGAUUUGGUCUUCUGUUACUCGUAGCGUCGCCGUUGCUGUUGUUGGCCGCACCUUGUAUAGUGUGUUGCAAGUGUCGCGUGUGCGGUUCGUCACGUCUUGAACAGGAAGAAGGUGUACCAGAAGACACGCCAGCCUGAAUUUGUAAACUAAAAAUCUUCUCAACCCAAAGCGAUUUUUGAAUUUGCCCGUCGAACGUUGCAACUCAUGCAGGUGAAUUAAAAAGAAAAAACUAUUAUAGUCUUUCAUUCUUCUUGGUAACUUAAAGUUUCCAAGAUUUUUGAACUUAGUAAUCUUUGGAGGUGUAGAUCUUGACUUGACUUGACUUUACUUUACUUUACUUUAAUUUACUUUAGGUGGGCCACAAAAUCAAUGCAAAGGGAUGUGAUUUAAAAAAAAAUUUUUUUUUUGUUUAGCAGUAGUAACCUGCUAAGUGUGUGUGUAUAUAAUAAUCAUACAAGUUUUGAGUGAUGACAACGAAUAUACAUAUAUAUCUGAGAAAUACUUAUAUUACUAAUGAAUGAAGAAGAAAAAAAGCAUUGAAAAGAAAAGAAGAAACUGUACUUAAACGACGAAAAGUAUGUCAUGCCAUUUACUCUGAAUAUACAGUCGUUACACUGACGAAUGAUUGUAGUUAUUAGUAUUUAAAUAACUAAUAUAUAUAGACAUAUUAUCAACUAUAAAUUGAGACGCUGGUUCAAAUGAGGACGUAGUACGAAAAUUCCUAGUUUAGAUUUUUGUUUUAUUCUCUUCAAGUGAUUUCUAUUCCAGGGCUCAAAAAUUAUAAGAAUAACCUUUAUCGUGAUAACAGAUAAAUACUUGGUAUGUAAAGUUGUGAAUUUCCCGGAAUCAAAACUGAGGUAUCAGUACAGAUAAGGGGAUAUUGAUAUAGCUUGACUUUGUGGUGUUUUGUAUAUCUUAUUGGUGACAUAACUAGUUCAUAAAAAUGGGGAAAAAACAAGUUUUUAAACAUGUAUGCAAUGCGCUGUUAUAGGGUGAAAGGAGAGUCAAAUUACCUAAUAUCUUUUGAAAAAGAAAUACUCCUUGACAUGGAUUGCUAACGAUGUCCUAAUUCUAAUUUCCGACUUUUUCAUUAAUGUUAUUUGUAUGGUUUUUCCCCGUGUUUUAUGUGCAUAUUCUAGUUAAGGUAUUAAGAAUUAAAUGUUUCUGUAAUUGACAUCUGCGUUGUGGAAAAUAGAAAAUGAUAAAUUAAGUUUAGGUUAACUUAAAACAUCUUCAAAAUUUGCUAAACACUCAUCGUGUUUAAUGUUUCUAUUUUUAUGGUGAAAAGGAUUUCAAAGAUCUUGAAUGCUGGCUCAUUUUAAAGUGACACAUUCCAAGGAACCUAAUGGAUAAUGUAUAUUUAACACGCAUUUCUAGUCAAUGAAGUGGAUUGCGUGGAUCUUGAAAAUUGCAUUUCACUUUUGCGAUGUUACGCCCUCGUCUGAUCUAGUCUCUCAAUUUCGUUUUUUAUUUUUAACGUUCAAUUUACGAUUCGCUUAACGAACAAUCUAGUGAGAUGUGAAACAUCGAAAAUAAAACUGUGACGCAGUUCUUACAAUGCAAUUUAUAUUAUGUGAUCAACGUUUAUGUGUAAUACUUGUUAUGCGAACGAAGUAGAAGAACAGAAACGUGACUGACACAAGUUUAGCAUUAGUCGAUUGAUUGGUAAUGUACCUAUGUAAAGCAUUUUACAGUGGUAUCAAGUGAGUGUAUCCUACCUAGUUAUAUCAAACUUUGAAACCGACAAAUUUUCAUCAACUUGUAGAAUAAUUCUUCUAAAUCGUUGAAACUGCUUAUAUUAAUAAAUUCGCAUCUUAAAAAGUCUUACGCUUAAGCGUGUUAAUCGCGCGCAUGCAAAAAGUUUGUGCUUUGCGGUAUUGUUAAUUGGAUGGUGGCCACGAGUUGACGAAACCUAGAAAUCCCGGAAAUGUUAGAGAAGAUAUUCGGUUUUUGUUUGGUACAUGAAACUGUUUUCGUAACUGCACACGUAAUUCGAUUGUGGGAAUUUACAAAAACAUACUGUUUAUCAGGUUUGGUAAAAUAAAAACUUGAUUUUUCGCCAAGAGAAAAUUUAUCUUAUCUUUUGGUUUAUUGAAUCAGGUUUACAUGCGUACAAUAUAGAAACACUUGUAUAUAUCUGAUGCAUUAUACUUCAAUUAUGUUGAAUCACGUCUUUUGUGCAUCCUUGGAUUUACAGGGGGAUGUAUGCUCGAGAGUAUUUCUAAACAGAUUUUGUGGCCACCAUGUGUAAAACUUGACUAAUUCGAUUUACCGAAUGUAACUGACGAAGGCUCUUGGUGUCAAUGUUACUAAAUCUUAGCACGUCUUGUUUGUAAGAAUAAAAACAAAAAAGUGUAUAUGUAUGAAUCGUGUGAUAAUUGUUAGGGGAUUUGCGUUCUGUUUAAGUAAAAGGUUUUCGUUAUUGAGAGGAUUAAGAAAUAAAAAAAAAAAUACACGUAAAUCAACUAACAAAUAAAUAAAUCAUUUAAUUAAUAAAUAAAGGGCACAAAGGAUAAAAAUAGGUUUUUAUGGGGAUAUAAAGUAAUAUGAAUGGAGCACAGACUUGUGUACAGACAGAUUAAUAUAAAGAAAUUGAAUUCUUCAUUGUCGUUAAUUUUUUUAAUUUUUCUCUUUUGUGUUGAGUCAUAUUUUUAUCAUCAACUCAAAUUUGUCACAUGCAUACUAUUUCUGUACAUACAGUGUAAACUCCAGAAAAAUUAAAAUAUUGUGAAAACAAAGUACAUCCGUGCAUACAUAUGUACCCAUGUGUGCACACACGUGGAUCAAGGUAUUAACUAUGUCUCGAAUUGUGUUGUAUGUGUUCUUGAAAUAACUGUGUCAAUGGAGUGGCAACUGGUUUGCGAACGGCUAAAUAGUACAUUAAAUAAUUUUGUUGACAGAAUAAUUUCUGAUACGUUGGUGCCAAUUAUUUAUGCAAACAUUUCUAAAUCGUAUGUACAAACCACGUGAAAAGAAAAAUGCGCUAUACGGACUCGUAGAGACGGACAAUUAUUGGGAUGAAUUUAAAAAAUUUAAACGAAUUGAAAGAUUUCCAUUAGAAGAAUGAAAAAAUUGAUUCCAAUCAUGUAUAUUUACUUAUUUACUUGUUACCAAAUUCAUAAUUUAAUAAUGUAUAAAUUAUGAUGCAUCUUAUAUACAUAUUAUAUGACGUAUAUAUGUAAUAUAUAAUAUCUUUAUAUAUUUGUUACAAUUUGUAAAUUUCCUUAGCUAUCAACUGAUAUAUUUACUAAUAAGAUGAUGCGGAAAGAGGAACUAGAAAAAAAUAGGUACAGUAAUAUGGGUAAAAGUGGGGCAUUCCACGCUAAGAAUUACCAAAAAUAAUCGAUUUUCGAUUAAAUCGAUUAUUCUUUCGCAAUUAAUCGAGUAUAAUUGAUUAUUUUUCAAACUCGAUUACUCGACUGACUCGAUUAUUUUUCCUCACAAUCGGUUAUUGUUUUUUACUCCCACGAACGAUGCAACACAACAUCAAUAUAUGUGAUUAAAGUAUCAAUUACUAUCAUUGUCUUACUUACUAAGUACCCAUUUCAUAUAAUAAGUGAAAGGCAAAUAAAUAAUUUCAACUGAAA